AUGCAGUCACCUCAGAGGAGAAGGCUCAGCCGCGGUCGUGUCCUCUUCUUCAUCUCAGGUGUGCUGUUGUGUGUUGUCUACACACUGACUCUGAAAACCCGGCUGUUGGAGCCUCAAGCCUCUGUCCAGACAGAUGAGGGGGGCAAUAGUGACAUCGUGGAGGUCAGCGUUAGGGAGGUGUCAGCGUCCAGUGAGACUGAGAAGGAGGAUGUAAUGCCUGAGACCACCAAACCUCCUCUGGUGAUCAUCGUCAACAGGACAGACAUCGAACAGUGCAUCUACGUCAAUCCUCAACCUUCCAGACCUCCUCCAACUCCCCCACCUGUGACCGCCACAGCUCCUCCCCAACACCCCCCUCAGAGGAAAAGUGAGUACCCAAAGGACAUCUUCUCAGUGGAGCAACGACGACAAGGCUGGGUGGUUCUGCAUGUCAUAGGCAUGACCUACAUGUUUGUUGCCCUGGCCAUUGUUUGUGAUGAGUUUUUUGUUCCGGCGCUGGAAGUCAUCUCUACCAAGUUGGAGAUCUCAGAUGACGUGGCUGGGGCCACCUUCAUGGCAGCUGGAGGUUCUGCCCCGGAGCUCUUCACCUCCCUUAUCGGUGUCUUCAUCUCCCACAGCAACGUGGGCAUUGGCACCAUCGUGGGCUCAGCCGUCUUCAACAUCCUGUUUGUGAUUGGCAUGUGUGCCAUCUUCUCCAGGAAGAUGCUGCAUCUGACCUGGUGGCCGCUCUUCAGGGAUGUGACUUUUUACAUCCUGGACCUCAUCAUGCUCAUCGUCUUCUUCCUGGAUAAUAUGAUCCUGUGGUGGGAGAGCAUGCUGCUGGUGCUAGGCUACAUGAGCUACGUGACCUUCAUGAAGUUCAACAGUCAGAUUGAGCGGACCGUCAAAACCCAGCUCAACAAGCACAUGAGCAUUGUCAAAGUGUGGACCACAGAGGAGCCAGAGAAGGAGAGUGAGGCGGCACCUUCUCCUGCUGCUCUUGAAAAGACUGAGAACAAACCUGAACCAAGAGCUGCAGCGCCUCCUGGCAACUUUCAAUGCAACAACCUCCAGCCAGAUAAACAGGAGGACAAAUCUCAGCUCCGGGUUCGUCCAGUCUUGCAGCGAGGCGGCAGCUCAGCUUCCCUCCACAACACUUCCCUGCGGAGCACCAUCUUCCAGUUGAUGAUACACACACUGGAUCCUCUGGGAGAAGAAGCAGCUCUUAGGGGGGCCGUUAAAACCCCACGGCCAAAGAGAAUAAAAGAAGACGGUCAGAAAGCAAAGAACGAGCAGCCGGCAGCUUCUGGAACAGCAGGAGGUGCUGCUGCUGAGCCGUCCACCUCUCAGCCUCCUACACAUCAGGAGAAACCAGACGGGUCCAAGGUUGUAGCAGGAUCAGCGGGGCAGUCCGAUAGCUCACGGGAUGUCGGGGAAGAAAGUAGCGACGAUGAAAGCAGUGACUCCAGCGAAAGCGAGGAUAACGAUGAGGACGAUGAUGAAAAGAAAAAUGAAAAAGAGGAAGAGGAGAAUGAGCCACUGUCUUUAGAAUGGCCUAAAACCACUCGCAAGCAGGCCACCUAUCUGUUCCUGCUGCCCAUCGUGUUCCCUCUGUGGCUCUCACUGCCAGACGUCCGCAAUCCAGCAUCCAAGAAAUUAUUUUUCAUCACAUUCAUCGGCUCAAUCAUUUGGAUCGGCAUCUUCUCCUACCUGAUGGUGUGGUGGGCUCAUCAGAUGGGUGAGACUGUGGGCAUCUCAGAGGAAAUUAUGGGCCUGACCAUCCUGGCGGCGGGGACGUCUAUCCCCGACCUGAUCACCAGUGUGAUCGUGGCCCGGAAAGGUUUGGGAGACAUGGCCGUGUCCAGCUCAGUGGGCAGUAACAUCUUCGACAUCACUGUUGGUCUUCCCAUCCCGUGGCUGAUCUACACCCUCCUUCAUGAUGGCAAACCAGUGACUGUCAGCUCCAACGGCCUUUUCUGUGCCAUUGUGCUGCUCUUCCUGAUGCUCCUCUUCGUCAUCAUUUCCAUCGCUGCGUGUCGCUGGAGGAUGAGCAAAGUGCUGGGUGUCACCAUGUUCGUUCUGUACUUUGUGUUUCUCAUCCUCAGCGUCCUACUGGAAAAACGCAUCCUUGUCUGUCCUGUCUCCAUCUGAACUGAUGAGCUCAACAUCACCACUGCACAAAACCCUGCUCCUACUGGAAGUAGGGUGUUUAAUGUCU